AUGUCCAACACGCCGUCAGUGAGAAUACAAAUGCCGCCAACGAGGCAAUCACCUCGUUUGGUACUACGUCCGCCACGCUUAAACCUUUCCGGUGUGCAGAGUUCCGCUUCCAAUCAGUUGCAUCCGCCUUUGACCGGCCAUCCGCUGGCGACACAUCCACAAACUGGCCUACCGCUAACCGCACAAACAAAGGAGAGCGAACAAUGGCCAUUCUUCUCCGCAUCGGAUUUCGCACGCGGUUUCUCCGAUUUCGUGGACUUUACCAAGGCGGGCAUGAGUUUUGGCGAGAAGUUCACCUUCGGUUUAUAUGAAAAAGUGAGCAAAUGGUCGCGUAAAUGGUUUACACACAUAUUCCUAUUUAUUAUUAUGGUACUUUAUAGUGCUGGUGGUGCGCUGUUGUUUGCCUCCAUUGAAGGUCACAACGCGGAUAUGAUCCACCGGGACUUGACUUCUCAGCGGCGAGAUUUCCUGCGUGCAAUUGGCAAAUUGGCAAAUGAUCCAGAAAUUAAAUCUGAACAACUCAAAUUGGAGGGAAAAUUAGUGAAUGUCAUGCGAAACUACAAAGAUGCCAUCUCCUCAUUUCUGAAUAAUGAAAAAACUUUUGAGGAACUGGAAAAGGAAAAAAAUCCUUGGACAUUUUUGAAUUCGAUGUUCUUUUGUGGCACAAUAUACACAACGAUAGAGGAUUUGUAA